AGAUCAGCGAGGGCGGCCGGCCGGCAGCGGGGCUAUAAGAGGGCGCCGGCCGCGGGCGCCUCGCCUCUCUUUUUAACCACGGCUAUGAGUUUGGCGCGUCCCCUGGGGUGGACGGCGAGUUGAGCCUGUGACUGGGGACAGCGCCGGCCAAUCUCGGCCGUCGGCUCGGCGGAGGUGAGGCCUCGGUCGGCCGCUCGUGGGUCUCCUUCGCCCCCCGCCGGAACAAGCUGCUCCUCCCUCAUCGCCGCCACCCCCGCGCGGCCCGGCCGGCCUGAACGGAUCUAUGCCAGUUAUUUGUGUAAUGAGUAGCACUCAGUAUUAGCUGUCACAGCAGCUUAAUGUGUACUUGGACAUGCUAAGCCAUCAGUAAUUAGAAAAUUUCCGACUGGCAUAAGUUGGAGAACUUAGUUUCUCUCCCUUUUGUUGCCAGCUCAACUAGUGCUUGCCAGGGUACACGAGAGGAGGUAGCUAUUACCGACAGUUUCUUCAUAGCAUUAUAUGCCUUGGAACACUGACAGUCCUGUUAAGACACACAUGGCUGUUGCAGUUCUGGAUCACAGCUUGAGCACUGAUUACCCCUCAAAGAACAUAAGUGAGGGGAGACCCCUUAGCUGGAAGCGUGUGUUUGUUCAAACCGACAAUGGUUCUGUUCUGGGCAUUGAACUAGAGCCAGGAGAAAAUGCACACACUGUAAAAAAGAAGAUGCAGAUAGCCCUUAAUGUAUCCACUGAGGAAAGCUCACUGACAUUUGGUGAUCAAGUUUUGAACAAUGACCUCAGCUAUGUUCGGAAUGACUCACCAUUGCUGCUCACCAGAAAUCAUAUGCAUAGAAGCUACUCCACACCUUGCCUCUCCCCCAAAGGAAAAGAAGGUCAGCAGUGCGAUCGAAGUAAAGUUAUUGAAAUCCUGGGAUGCUCAAGCCCUUCUGCUGCAAUGAAGCAGUUGGUUAAGGAUAUCAUCAAGGGAAUUACCAAUGGUGUUGACCCAGUAGCUGUUAGUGGUGGCAUGGGAGGUGCCUACUAUUUUGGGGAUAUCUUGGGCCAACGUGUUGCAAUUGUUAAACCAACUGAUGAGGAACCUUUUGCUCCAAAUAAUCCUAAAGGUUUUGUGGGGAAGACUCUUGGGCAGCCAGGCCUCAAAAGAUCGGUACGGGUUGGUGAGACAGGGUUCCGAGAGGUCGCUGCAUACCUCCUUGAUCACAAGAGUUUCGCAAAUGUUCCUCUUACUAUGUUAGUCAAAGUUACCCACAGUGUGUUUCAUGUGAAUGAAGAUGUUAACUGCAAAAAUAAGACUAGCAAGAAUAUAUCACAGGCUCAUAGCAAGAUUGCCUCGUUGCAGCAGUUCAUUCCACAUGACUAUGAUGCUAGUGACCAUGGAACCUCGAGCUUUCCUGUUUCUUGCAUUCACAGGAUUGGCAUACUUGAUAUCAGAAUAUUCAACACAGAUAGACAUGGUGGAAAUCUUCUGGUCAGAAAGCUUGGCAAUGAAUCUGGUCGAUUUGAAGCGCAUGCAGAACUCAUUCCUAUUGAUCAUGGUCUCUGUCUUCCAGAAAGUCUGGAAGAUCCUUACUUUGAGUGGAUUCACUGGCCACAUGCAUCUAUUCCUUUCUCCGAGGAAGAACUUGAGUACAUCAGAAAUCUGGACCCUGUAAAGGAUGCUGAAAUGCUUCGCAUGGAGCUGCCCAUGAUUCAUGAGGCGAGUCUUAGGGUGCUGGUCCUCUCGACAACAUUUCUGAAGGAAGCUGCAGCUUAUGGCCUCUGCUUGUCUGAGAUAGGGGACAUGAUGAGCAGGCAGUUCACUGGGAAAGAAGAGGAGCCAAGUGCACUUGAAGUUCUGUGUAUGGAAGCAAGGAACUGGGUUAAGGAAAGAGAAUUACUUCUACCAGAAGCUGACUUUGAAGAAGAAGAUGACGACGAUGAUGAUUGUGACCCAGACUUCACCCAGUUCGAUCUUGACUCAGGAGAUGAUGCAGCUACAUGCGGAGCAUCUUUUUUCAACAAGUAUGGGUCUAUUGGGGUAAGUUGCAGGAACCCACUUUCAAAAUUAACCGAGGGCAAUGAGGACAACGAAGAGGAAGAUAGAAAUGAGGUGAGCCAGGAUGAUGUCGAUGCUUGCACCAGUCCAGUUCCUAAAUGUACUCAUUCCACCUCAAAAUUGCCAGUCUCUCUGAAGGGGCUUUGCUUUAGUGGAAACAGCAAGCGCCGCAACGGUGUUCCAAAGAAUAGGGUGAGUGCUAAAACUGACUAUUGUAGUGGCUAUCAUAGUGAGUAUCAGUCUGCAGGUUGGAGUGCCAACGAGAUGCUGCCUCCCAGCUCAAGUUUUGUGAAGCUGUCAGACUUGAGUGCCAUUGAAUGGAGUGCAUUUCUUGAAAAGUUCCAGGAGUUGCUCCCAAGCAUGUUCCAUGACAGGAAGCAAACUUCGGCCUGCGGCCCAUGGUUGACGCAGAGGCUGGGCACCUCUUGCCAGUUUUGAUGACAACAGAGGUAUGCUUUGAAGGUAACGUAGGCCAUACCUGGGGUAUGCACCAGCCAGUGUGUUUGAUCAUGGUGUCAGCUACGGGUCGUCUAGUACCGGCCUACUGGUAGGUGUAUUGAGAAUAAGGCCGUGUCAGAUAUUUUUGUUUCCAGCAGAAUACUGUGGCGUCUGUGCAUAGGUUUAACUUAUGGGUGGUUCAUUGUUAUUUCUGUAUGUGUGUCCGGUGAUAUUGGACAUGAUAUGUGUUGUUAUGAGGGAGUGUGAUGGCAUUCUCAGUUCUUGGCUAUUGUCAUCGUAAAUAAUGUGGACAGUUAUCAUGAGAAAGCAUUUAGAUAAUACUGUGUACAUACAUA